UGCAACCCCAUUUCUUCUCCCGUCUUUCUCAUCUCCCGUCUCUCUCUCUAACCCCUUACUCCCAUCUUAUUUUCUCUCUCUAGAAACAACAACAAUAGUCGUUUUAUUAUUGGUUUCAAUUUAAUUGUAACACAAACAAAAAUGACGAGGCAAAGUAUUGUGUCGAAUUCGGAAUCAAAGCAAAACAAUUCAUCUUCUACCAUAUUAUCUCAUAAACCCCCUCCCAUUCCUGGUAAAUACAUUUCCUUACCAUUGUGUGAUAGGCAACUUUUGAAAGACCUCGACAUCAACAGUUCCACUUGUUGGGUCGAUUCUAUGAGGGCUUCUUCCCCUACUCACCUCAAAUCCACUCCUUCUCUUGGACUCUUGGAGCAGCCCUCGGCGUUGGACAUGUUCGAGCAAAUAAUAAAGGCGUCAAAGGGGAAACAAAUUGUGAUGUUCUUGGAUUAUGAUGGAACUCUGUCUCCAAUCGUUGAAGACCCUGAUCGAGCCUUUAUGUCCGAUGCUAUGAGGAGGACAGUGAGAAAGUUGGGUAGAUAUUUUCCAACGGCAAUUGUGAGUGGGAGGUGCCGAGACAAAGUUUACAACUUUGUCAAAUUGACUGAGCUGUACUACGCUGGUAGUCACGGCAUGGAUAUCAAAGGCCCCGCUAAAGGCUCCAAACAUGUUAAGAAAAGUCAAGCUGUACUAUUUCAACCGGCUAGUGAAUUCCUACCUAUGAUCGAUGAGGUUUAUAAGACACUUUUGGAUAAAACUAAAACAAUACUUGGAGCUAAGGUGGAACACAACAAAUUCUGUCUGUCUGUUCAUUUUCGUUGUGUGGAUGAAAAGAAAUGGAAUGAACUGUCUCAUGAAGUAAGGUCAGUGGUGAAGGAAUACCCAAAGCUCAAACUCACUCAGGGUCGUAAGGUGUUUGAGAUCCGACCGACCAUUAAGUGGGAUAAAGGAAAGGCUCUAGAAUUUCUUUUGGAAUCACUUGGAUUGGCCAAUUGCACUGAUGUUUUCCCUGUUUAUAUCGGUGAUGAUCGCACGGAUGAAGAUGCAUUUAAGGUAUUGAGAGACCGAGGUCAAGGUUUUGGCAUACUCGUCUCCAAAAUUGCCAAGGAAACAAAUGCGUCUUACUAUUUACAAGAACCAUCCGAGGUGAUGAACUUUCUACAACGAUUAGUCAAGUGGAGACGCGUGUCCUUGAGAAGGCAGUUUAGGCUAUAAAAAGCCUUGUGGAUUUCUGACCAUUUGGCUCUUCCCAAUCUGAAAUUUGUAAAGAAUAGGGGAUGAGGAUUUGCUAUAUAUGCAUUAUCCCUUUGCUUAGGAUAAUUUAGUAGGCACUAAGCAAGAUUAAGUAGAAGUUAAUUUAAGUUGUAUAAAAAAAAAAGGCCUAAGAAAUGAGGGGCCCAAAACUAUGAAGCAUGCAUAACUAUUGGAAGGAAGGAUUAAUUAAGCUUGUACAUACAUAAUCAAUCUUGUAACUAGAAAGUACUUGCAAGCUGAAGUGUAUAAAGCUUUGCUAAGGAAUGUAAGUUGUAACUUGUUGUCAAUUAGUACUAAUUUUGAAAUCUAGCUCCCUUUUAAUUUGUGAGCA